AUGGUAAAUGGUACUGCGAAGGAAGUUUGUACCCGAGUCUUCCACACUAUCCAAAAUAGUUCAUUUUUUCAACGAAUUGAAUUGCCAACGCCUGUAAGAUGCGUUGAAAGCUGUAUCGAUAACAUUGAGUACUGUAAAGCUGCACUGUUUAUUUCAGAUGAAGGAAAGAGUAAAGGUCUAUGUCAGUUAUACAGUGAAAAUUCACAGUCAAACAAAGUCAGUAUCAUUUCGAACAACCGUCAUAGUCCAACAAGUACAGUAUUUGAAAUUCUUGACAAAUGUUCAAUCACAAACAAAGUAGACACAUCAAGCAACAAUUUCUUGGAGGAUAUAAGUUUGGAGCUCAAGCAGAAACUUGAAUCAUGGUCAGAUCAAGAAUUUUCUUCUUAUCCUGGAAUAGCAAUGAGUUCCUUCUCAAACGAGCAUUUAGCUCGAAGAAUGCCAAGUGGAGAUGACAGAAAAGAAAGGCAAACGUUGGAAGAAAAAAAUAAUUUUGACAUACUCACUCGGAAUGAAUAUAAUAAGUGGACGAAAUAUGCAGAAGUAAGACGAGACACAACUUCAGAAACCUCUAACAAUUUUAACAAUGUACUUUUUUCCAGAGCUAAUAAUGAAGCAUUAGCUCAGAAUGUACAUGGUAAUAAGGUGUCAUCAGAAUAUGCAAAGUUUAACUUGCCGAUUUCACCUCAAAAUCGGGACGUCUACAGCAGCAAUGUUCCGAAAUAUGAUGACUAUACUUCGACUUAUUUCACAGAUUAUACCUUUCCAAAAAAUGGAGUACCGCUUCCCGAUCCCAUACAACCAGUUUCCAUAAUUCGUGGCCGGCAAGAAUUCCAGUAUAAUAAGGGAUGUCAAGGAGCCAACUGUUAUGCACCAUCGCUAGCUUACCUUAAACAGUCUAGCUUAGGUCAGCCUUGCAUGACUUAUUCCUCUAACCCUUGCAUAUCAUCCAGAAUUCAUUCAUGCCUUUCUGUAAGUGAACUUUUAUGUCCACCUGUCCAAACACAGUCUUACUAUUUACCAUCCAAAACGACAAUCCCCGAAAGGUUCUAUAACAGUCAGAGCUCGACGAACGACUUUAUAUCAACUUCUGGAAGACAAGAAUUCAAUUUAAUCAACCCGACAUCAACUCCAAAACAGCCAUCAAAAGAGAAGAAGAUAUCAUCUUGGUCAGAAUGGUCGCUUGCAACUUCAUGUUCAGUAACUUGUGGAAAUGGAAUCAGAAAGCUGACACGAUUUUGUUCUGCGAGUGAACAGUGUCUGGGAGGGUCAGUAAAAGAAGAACCUUGUAACAGUGGUCAGUGUCCUCAGUGGGGAUCAUGGUCAUCAUGGAGUGAAUGUUCUCAAGAUUGUGGUGGUGGUGAACAAUCACGCUCACGUACGUGUUCCAUAAAUCAGCAGUGUGUGGGACCCUCAAAAAUUUCUCAAGCCUGCAAUGUUGAAAAAUGUGUUGAAUGGUCAGCAUGGAGCGAUUGGGAAACUUGUUCAGUUACAUGUGGAAUUGGACAGCAAGUACGCCGCAGGAUUUUUUUUGGGCAAUGUGUGAGUGGCAGUGCUUGCAUCGGUAAGCCGCUGGAAAAUAAAAUGUGCAGGCAGGCAGCUUGUCCUUCUUGGUCAGUUUGGGGAGAGUGGAGCGAAUGCAACGCAAGCUGUGGAGGUGGACAGCAGGUUGCGCAUUUGACGAUAUUUGCUAUUAUGAGUCAAGUCCAUCGAACAAGGACUUGUUACAGUAAGACAGAAUGUCUUGGAGACUCAGAAGAUUACAAACCAUGUGGUGGACAUUCUUGUCCUAAAUGGACUGAUUGGUCAACUUGGACAGAGUGUUCUGAAACUUGUGGUAGAAAUGGUAGUAAAUUGCGUACGAGAUCUUGUCUGAAGGACAACUUGAUAAGUACAGAUUGCAAAGGUGCUGCACAAGAUCAAAUGGCGUGUAUGGACCUUCCAGAUUGUCCUAGUUGGACAUUAUGGAGUUCUUGGUCGUCUUGCUCUGUUACAUGUGGACAUGGUCAAGAAAUAAGGCAACGAUCUUGCUUUCCAGUAAAUGCACAAUGUAUCGGUGCCAAUCAAGAAUUUCGGUUUUGUCAAGAUUCAGUGUGUCCAUAUUGGAAUGAAUGGUCUGCGUGGAGUGAUUGUUCAGUUACUUGUGGUAUAGGAACCUGUGAACGAGUGAGAAAAUGUGUUAUCAACGAUGAUAGUGACAGGAGUGAGAAGAAAGAAGACAACUAUUAUUCAUUAGGUGCCUUACAAAGUAAAGUUCCAAUAAAAAGCGUUAAACGAGCUAUCAUUUCAUCGCAUAACAUAAAUAAUUUGACUUUCGCCCAUUCCAUUUACGGUAAUGUGUCAACAUCAAGAAUGUACACGGGAGACAGAAGUAAUUUAGUAAUCAGAAGUGCAAGAGAUGUAAACAGUUGUGAUGGAGACGCUACUCAAAAAAAAGAGUGUGAUGCUGGGCCUUGUUGCAAACUUUCACAGUGGACUGAGUGGACGCGGUGCAGUGCAAGUUGUGGUGGCGGUACUCGUGAAAGGCAUCGUACAUGCUCCUAUCAAAAUGAAUUACAAAGUUACGAGUUGAGUAGAAGCAACUAUUAUUCUGAAGCUUUGCUAAAAGCUGAAACCCCUCUCAAAGUUAGUGGUGACUCAAACAGAAUCAAAUAUGUUGGACGGUCAAGUAAUGAGAAACGCAAUAUUUGGAGGCCGUUUGCAACUAGCUUACGACCAGUUGUGUCUGCUGUACAUUUCACACCUAUUCAACGUUUACGUCGUCAGUCAAGAAAUCUUGUUGAGUUGAGCUCACUUGAAGAAGACAUUUCCAUACCAUCAACUGAUGAAUAUAUUUGUGGUUGUAAUGGCAAAUUGCAUGAGAAAAUGAAAUGUGCAGAAAUUUCAUGUCCUGAGCAAGUGGCUACUUCCACUUGCAUGUGGUCAGCAUGGUCUGAAUGGUGUCGUUGUAUGGGAUCUUGCACUCAGGGUGUCAAACUAAGAAGCAGGUAUUGUAUCGAUGGUAUUCCAGAAAAUGGCGAUGUGCUCGCUGAUAGUUACUCACGAGCUACUACAUCAAGAUGCUAUUGUUAUGGAAGUAUCACGGACAAAGAAUCAUGCACUCCACAGGCAAAUUAUCUACUUUUUGAUAAAUAA